UUCAAUAGGAUUUUGUAAAGUUUUUGUAGUGUUUAGUGUUAAAAUAAGCCACUAAGAUGGCAGAUAAUGAACAGAAAGCUAUGCAAUUAAUGGCCGAGGCGGAGAAGAAGCUGAGUUCUUCGAAAACUUUCUUUGGAUCACUUUUCGGUGGUUCAUCGAAGGUCGAGGAGGCAGUGGAUUGCUACCUUCGGGCGGCGAACCUGUUCAAAAUGGCGAAGAAAUGGGCGCAAGCUGGCCAGGCGUUCUGCGCUGCUGCUAACCUCCACCUGAAGGCAGGCGUCCGUCACGAUGCAGCCACCAACUACGUCGACGCUUCAAAUUGUUACAAGAAGUGCGAUCCUAAUGAGGCGGUCUCCUGUCUUCUGAAAGCAAUUGAGAUCUACACCGACAUGGGAAGAUUCACUGUAGCUGCUAAACAGCAUCAGAACAUAGCGGAAUUGUACGAGACGGAGUGCGUGGACCUGUCGCGCGCGAUGCAGCACUAUGAGCAAGCAGCUGACUACUUCCGCGGCGAGGAGUCCACCUCGUCGGCCAACAAGUGCAUGCUCAAGCUGGCACAGUACGCUGCACAGUUGGAGCACUAUGACAAAGCUAUUCAGAUCUAUGAACAGAUCGCCAAAUCAUCCCUAGACAACAGCCUACUGAAGUAUAGCGCUAAGGAAUACAUGUUCCGUGCGGCGCUUUGCCAUCUCUGCGUUGACAUAUUGAACGCUCAACACGCCGUCGAGAAGUACUGCGGACUCUACCCAGCCUUCGCUGAUACUAGGGAGUGUAAACUGAUUAAGGAAUUGAUCGAGCACUUGGAGGAGCAGAAUGUGGACGCGUUCACCGAGGCAGUGAAGAACUACGACAGCAUAUCUCGACUGGAUCAGUGGUAUACAACGAUGCUUGUGCGCAUUAAGAAACAGAUCAACGACAACCCCGACCUGCGUUGAGUCAGUCGCACGUCUAUGCCCGCCGCACCCGUAUGCGUAGCGUGAGUGGCAAGCCUUAUUUCAUUUAUUACCAUACACAAAAAACUACCUUUAUUUUUCUCAUUGGCAAUUGUUUCGAUGUUAAAAAUCAGAAUCUUCCACUUUUCUAUAGACAGUUGAUUACCGUAAUAAGUGGUUUAUAACCAAUUUUGUUACCUAUAUCAUGUAAUACAGGAUCG